AUGAUCCCACUGCAAAAAGUGCAAAGGCACUUGCAGAAGCUACUGGCUGACGGAUUUAGGUUUGUGCCUCCUCAGCAAAAGUCGCUGUAUUUUUCUCUUCUGUGUAACAAUGGAUCCGCUCCCGCUCUGUACGGAUUAGCCAAGAUACACAAGGAGGGCGUCCCUAUGCGCCCAAUUGUCGACUUCACCCGCUCGCCUCUCCACAAGUUAUCGAAUUACCUUCACAGGAUUAUCUCCCCUUUGGUCGGCAAAACUGAAACGCACGUAAGGAACUCGUUCGACUUUAUUGAAAAGGUUCGCAACACGGUCAUACAUGACGACGAGAUCUUGGUGUCCUUCGAUGUGAAGUCACUUUACACAAGCGUGCCCAUUGACUUCGCCGUCAAGGUCUGCACUGACGCUCUCGAAUCGGACCCAAGUCUUCCAGAAAAAACACCGCUCGAGGCUCCAGAUCUCAGAAGACUUCUAGAGUUUUGUCUGAGCAACACAUACCUCACGUUCCAGAAAACGUUCUUCAAACAAGUCCAUGGAACCGCAAUGGGAGCCUCGAUCUCAGUCACCGCAGCGAACUUGGCAAUGGAGUCACUGGAGUCCCGUGCCCUGUCUAGUUUCAACCCACGUCCAAGGGUAUUCCUACGCUACGUGGACGACUGUUUCUCAUUGGUUAAGAAGUCUGCUUUAAGCGCCUUUCUUCUGCACCUUAAUAGCAUGGAUCCAGCCAUACAGUUCACGACAGAGGAAGAAGUUAAUGGUCGUCUGCCAUUUUUGGACGUGCUCGUGAAACGCGACGGCAGUAGAUUGUCGUUCAGUGUCUUCAGGAAGGAAACUCACACUGGCAAGUACCUAAGUUUCAGCUCUGUGCACCCGAUGUGUCAGAAGAAGUCGGUGGUCGCUUCACUUGUACGUAGGGCGGAGAAACUUUCCUCAACUCCGGAGAACCAAGCGGCCGAGCUAGCCACGAUACGCCGUGACCUCUCAUCUUCGGGCUACCCCAGUUCGCUCAUUCAAGCUGUUAAAAAGAGCCUAGCUCAUCCUACGCCAAAUGACUCUAAACAACACAAUGACAAGGGGAAGAGAAAAAGGAUUCCUGUGCCGCACGUCCCCGGCAUAAGCGAAAGUUUGUCCCGAAUCCUUCGGGGGUAUGAAGUCGACGUCGCUCACGUGCCUACGCGCAAGCUCAGACAAGCUGUGGGGACGGUGAAAGACAAACUCGAUAAGGAGAAGUUCCCGGGCGUCGUGUAA